GGUGACGUCCUAGUGUGCUAGUGACUAAAUAAGAGAACAAGUCGCGUGUUUUGAUGAAAAUGGCGGAAGUAAAGUCGCGUCGUGUUGCUCAAACAGAAGAUUUAUCAAAUGUUGAAUUCGAAACUAGUGAGGAUGUCGAAGUUAUCCCAACCUUCGAUAAUAUGGGCCUCAGGGACGAGCUGCUGCGUGGGAUUUAUGCUUAUGGUUUUGAGAAACCAUCAGCGAUUCAACAGCGUUCGAUCAAACCGAUAAUGAAAGGGCGGGAUGUGAUUGCACAAGCUCAAUCUGGUACUGGCAAAACUGCAACCUUCUCGAUUGCGAUAUUGCAGUCUUUGGACACGCAAAUUAGAGAAACGCAAGUGUUAGUUUUGUCGCCCACAAGAGAGUUGGCAGCGCAAAUACAAAAAGUUAUUCUGGCAUUGGGAGAUUUCAUGAACGUUCAGUGCCACUCUUGUAUCGGAGGUACCAAUCUUGGAGAAGAUAUCAGGAAACUGGAUUAUGGACAGCACGUCGUAUCGGGCACGCCUGGCAGAGUAUUUGACAUGAUAAAGAGAAGAGUUCUUAGAACGAGAGCUAUCAAAAUGUUAGUCCUCGACGAGUCAGAUGAGAUGUUGAACAAAGGUUUCAAAGAACAGAUUUACGAUGUAUAUAGGUACUUGCCACCAGCAACUCAAGUAGUGCUGGUAUCUGCGACAUUGCCACAUGAAAUUCUUGAGAUGACCAGUAAAUUCAUGACGGACCCCAUUCGCAUUCUCGUAAAACGCGAUGAGUUAACGUUAGAAGGAAUAAAACAAUUCUUCGUGGCCGUUGAGAGGGAAGAGUGGAAGUUCGACACGCUCUGCGAUUUGUAUGACACUUUAACUAUAACGCAAGCAGUAAUUUUCUGCAAUACUAAACGUAAGGUCGAUUGGUUGACUGAGAAAAUGAGGGAAGCUAACUUCACCGUCUGCUCCAUGCACGGCGACAUGCCCCAGAAAGAAAGAGACAACAUAAUGAAAGAAUUCCGACUAGGACAGAGUCGAGUUUUAAUUACGACCGAUGUAUGGGCAAGAGGAAUCGACGUGCAGCAGGUGUCUCUUGUGAUCAACUACGAUCUGCCCAACAAUCGUGAACUGUAUAUUCACAGAAUAGGACGGUCAGGACGUUUCGGUAGGAAAGGUGUUUCUAUCAACUUCGUAAAGACUGACGAUAUAAGGAUCCUCCGAGACAUCGAACAAUAUUAUUCGACGCAGAUCGACGAGAUGCCCAUGAACGUAGCUGAUUUGAUAUAAUUUUAUUCAAAGCUCUAUUCGACAAUUAGCUAAUAUAAGAAAUCUAUUUUUAUUAAUAUUCUGAAAGAAUAUUUAUGAAGCAUUUGUUUCGAGUCAAUCACUGUAUUGUUUCACUUUAGAACUCAAAAUAUUCAUUGUAUUUUAUCAAUGAAAAGAUCAAUUGUUUUCUCCCACUUAAAUAGAUCAAAUGUUAAAAAUUAACUUACUUUGUACCAAUAGAUAAUCAAGGUUUCAAUAUGAAAUAAACACGUAAAAGAA